AGCUGUGCUUUGCCCUUCCCUGGGUGGCCGCACCCCGCAGGCUCGAAGGCUCUCGCUGACCUUUUCCGUGUCGCCUGUCCCUUCUCGUCACGCCAGUUUCUGCUUUCUCAAGGCUCGGUGGCUGUUCCACCACUGAGGCGCUUGGCGCCCAGGGUUCCACUGACGUCAUCUCUCUGCGCUGCGCGUAGAAGCGCCGGUGGCAGCAGCAACGGCUCCACCACCCUUUGCUUUUGUAGGACUGUGCUCCGCGGGAUCAUGGCGCCGUCGCUAUGGAAGGGGGUGGUGGGCAUCGGCCUUUUUGCCCUAGCCCAUGCAGCCUUUUCCGCUGCGCAGCAUCGUUCUUAUAUGCGAUUAACAGAAAAGGAAGAUGAAUCGCUGCCAAUAGAUAUAGUUCUUCAGACACUUCUGGCCUUUGCAGUUACCUGUUAUGGUAUAGUUCAUAUCGCAGGGGAGUUUAAAGACAUGGAUGCUACGUCAGAACUGAAAAAUAAGACAUUUGAUACAUUAAGGAAUCACCCAUCAUUUUAUGUAUUUAAUCAUCGUGGUCGAGUACUGUUCCGGCCUUCGGAUGCAACAAAUACUUCAAACCAAGAUGCACUGUCCUCUAACACAUCACUGAAGUUAAGGAAACUCGACUCACUGCGUCGUUAAGAUUUUUACAAAUUCUAUUAACAGGACAGGACACAGAGUUGGAAUAUUGGAGUUUGGGGUAUAAAACACUCCCCCAGCAGUAUUUAUAUUGAUCUCCCAGACCUAAUAAAAACAGAGUCUGUGGCCCUUGUUUGUACACUGUUAAUCAAGUCAUUAAUGCAAUAUAAGUUAUCUGUGAAACAAGUCUGACUUUUUUCAUAGAGGAAUUUUUUUUUUUUCAUUGAAAGCAAAUUCGCAUCUUUUGUAAAAGUCACUGUUUUGGACAUAUUUCUUUGGAAAAUGUUGAUGGGUUUUGUAACUAUUUAUUUUCUUAGAUUUCUUUUCUUUUGCACUACAGUUUUUAGGAUCCUUUUGGAAAUACUGUGUGACGACUGCAUUUGGCACUAUGAAUUCAAGGAAAAUGUUCUUCCGUUCCCAGCAACAGACGGACUUUACUAAGGAGACCAAAAUGGUGAUUCAUCAGGUUUUCUUGUGCCCCCUAAAAAGUGACUCUCCUUCAGCAGAUACUUGCCAGGUUUUAAUUUAUCCAUGACUUCUCACUUCACCCCACUCCCAUAUGCCUUCGAACAUCAGCCGUCUGGUUUCAUCACUUCUCUGAGAUUCUGUGUAUGAAAGUGAGCAGUUUUUAUGUCAGAAAUUCUUGGUUUUACCAAGUAUAUGUAACAAACAGCUUGCUGUAAGCGAGUUGUGUUGCCUUUGUUUAUCUGUAAGAAUUUGCCCUAGUUGAUUAUGUAGUGUAAGAAUAGUUGACGAUCGACCAAAAAGACCAUUCAUAACUUAAUUAUAUCACCUUUGUAGAAGAGUAGUGAGGAAAACCCAUUACAUGUCGUUAGCCAGUUUGACUUAUUUAAAACCUCUGUUAGUUUACUGCAUACUAAACUUGAGAAUUUGGAAAAUAAAGACCACUUCUCAUUAAUCUGAAGUCAGACUUCAAAGGAAUUGGGCCAAAUGAGUUCUAAACAUUUGGAACUAAUAUCUUUAAUUUUUAAAAAAUUAAGGUCAUUUAAGAAAUUGUUGCGUAGCUUCUGAUUUAGAGCAGGCUCAGCGUUUUCCAUCUUCACUGGAUGUUGCUGAAGGUGAGGAUGAGGGUACAGAGUUGAAUUAUUUUUUUUUUUAAGAAAUAUUUAGUAAUUUUACUUUUAGGGGAAGUUUGGCUAGCACUUUGAUCUUCCGAAAGCUCAACAUUUCUUUGUAGAACAGAUUGCUUUUGCUGAAUUGUAUAGGUGUAAAAGGAAUAACUAGAAGCAGGUUUGAAAAGGAAAUGUGCUUUAGGCAAGAGUCAUAUGAUGCCCUUAUACUGGAUGAGAGUUUUUCCUUUGAAGAUGAACAUGAUACCCUUAUGCUUGAUGUAAUCUUUUCCCUUGAAAAUGAACGUCAGCUCUUCUAUUCUGCCUGGUAAUGCACAAGCCCGAAGCAUGAGAUUGUUUUGUCAUAGGUUGUUUUUGUUGUUUUACCAACCAGUCUGUCUGUAGAAUACUGACUCUGCUCUCUAAUGAGAACAAAGUUAGAAAUCUGCUAAUAACUACAAAUAAUUUAGAAAUGAUUUAUUAAACUGUGAAAUCAGGGGUUAAAAUGAUUUUUACAGCAAAAUAAUGUGUACGAGGUCAGCUCCUUAAGUCAGGCAUGUCUAUGUUUCCUUCAAGUAUGACUUGAUUUGGAAGAGCCUCUUGUUUUCUUCUUUUGGGGGGCUGGUUUCCUUUCCUAAUACUUUUUUUAGUAACUUUAUUAAGGUGUAAUUCAUAUACUUCACAGUUCGCCCAUUUAAACGGUACCAUUCAGUGGUUUUUAAGAUAUUUACAUUUGUGCAACCACAGUCAAUUUUAGAACAUUUUCAUCAUCCCAUACCCAUUAGCAGUUACCUCCUCUUUCCUUGCCACCCCUCCCCAGCCCUAGGCUUCCCUUUGUCCCGAUAGAUUUGCCUAUGGAUUUAUACAGUAUGUAGUCUUUUGUGACUGGCUUCCCAAAUAUGGUUUUACUCUGUGGAAUUUUUCUCAUCUUGAGAACUGUUAUUGCUGUGAAAGGAAGUGGUUGGUUAAUUGGUAGAUUUCAGGAGAGGGGUCAGAUGCCUAGCAGGUUUCUCAGUAAAUCUUAACGUGGAAUGGUUUUUCAUCACAGACAAGCAUUCAUGAUACACUUAUAAUAUUUUGGCUAAUCUCUGGAAUGGAUAUUGAAGUCUUUGCCUGCCCAGUCAGGAAUGUACUGCUAAAAACGAUGCCAAAUAAUUUGGCAAAUAAUUGACACGGCAGUUUUCAGAUAUGUUUAAUUUUGCUGGUAGUUUAAAAAAAAAAAAGUAUACCUUGGGCCAGGUGAGCUUCUAAAAAAUAUAUUUUUAAUGCCCUCCAUUGCAUUUCUGCUGUCUUUUUAAGUAUGUACCUUAGGACUGAAGGUGAUUUGGGUGCAGUGUAACACUGCUAAAUAAAGCAAGUACAGAUUUUUAUUUACAGUACUAUAAGAUGGUGCAUUACUACCUAGGGUAGUCUAAAAAUAUAACCACAUGAGCUACUUAAGCCUGCAGUUAACUGUUGUUUCAGUGAUAUUCAGAAGUGUGUACUAUGCAAGGAACUCUAGAAUAGAGAAAGGCACUUCUUAAAUAUCUAGGGAACCAGCCAAGUACUGUUGGCUAAUGGCCCACCCGAUGAAAAUGCACAUAGGUUCAUUGGAGGCUGUUAAGCUCUGUAACGUCCUAAUGAUUGUUUACUAAGCAUUGUGUCUGAUUUUUUGAGUGGCAUGAAAGCAUCUUCCUGGUUCUGUGUGGCCUAUUUCCAUGAUGUAUUGAGUAGUGUUGUUUGUUGUGAGCAUUGAUGCCUGUAACACCAAGCAAAACACGUUUUUUGGAUAUGUUUCCUCUCUUUAAAUGACUUGCCCUGUCCAAUAAAUAAAUGAUUGUGUCACGCUG